GCGUGGGCGUCUGUCCGUCCGUCCAUCUGUGGCACUUUUUCACUGUUGCCUGGAGCCCUACUACGCCUCUCUGGCCGGGGACAAUGGAAGGUGCCGUCCCAGGGUGGACAAGACAACCAUCUACCCCUGGAGCCUGCGGAAAAAUGAUGGGCUGCCCCACUCCUCCUCCAGCGGACCCCUAGAGCUGCCCAGAAGGAUCUCCCCCCCUUCACACCCCACAUUUCUCCAUCCCAAGAACACCAAACUGUUUGCGAUGAUCGAAAAGAUGCAGGCAAACCGGAUGGACGAGCAACGUUGUGCCUUCCCCCCUCCCCUCAAGACGGAAGAGGAUUACAUCCCGUAUCCCAGCGUCCAUGAGGUUCUGGGCCGAGAGUCUCCCUUCCCCCUCAUCUUGCUCCCCCAGUUCGGGGGCUACUGGAUCGAGGGCACCAACCACGACUUCGCGGAGCUGUCCGAACUCCAGUCUCCCUGCUGUAAGGUCAAGCUGGAAGGCAACCACUUGGCCAGGAUCUACCGGAAGCAUUUCCUAGGCAAGGAACAUUUCAACUACUAUUCGGUGGACGCAGCCCUGGGACACCUGGUUUUCUCGCUCAAGUACGACGUGAUUGGGGACCAGGAGCACCUGCGCCUGCUCCUGCGAACCAAGAGUCGUUCCUACCACGACGUCAUCCCCAUUUCCUGCCUGACCGAGUUCCCCAACGUGGUCCAGAUGGCAAAGCUGGUCUGCGAAGAUGUGAACUUGGAUCGCUUCUAUCCCGUCCUGUAUCCCAAGGCCUCCCGCCUGAUCGUCACCUUCGACGAACAUGUCAUCAGCAAUAACUUCAAAUUUGGGGUGAUUUACCAGAAAUUGGGCCAGACGUCGGAAGAGGAGCUAUUCAGCACCACGGAGGAGAGCCCGGCCUUUCUGGAAUUCCUGGAGUUUUUGGGCGAGAAGGUGCAGCUGCAGGAUUUCAAAGGGUUCCGGGGCGGCCUGGACGUGACCCACGGCCAGACGGGGACAGAGUCCGUCUACUGUAACUUCCGAAACAACGAGAUCAUGUUUCACGUCUCCACCAAGCUGCCCUACACCGAAGGGGAUGCGCAGCAGCUCCAGCGGAAGCGCCACAUCGGCAACGACAUCGUGGCCAUCGUCUUCCAGGACGAGAACACUCCCUUCGUGCCGGAUAUGAUCGCCUCCAACUUCCUCCAUGCCUACGUGGUGGUGCAGGCCGAGAAUGCCUGUUCGGACAAGACCCUCUACAAGGUCUCCGUCACUGCCCGAGAUGACGUCCCCUUUUUCGGGCCACCGCUGCCCAAUCCAGCUGUUUUCCAGAAGGGGCCAGACUUCCAGGCCUUCCUUUUGACCAAGCUGAUCAACGCCGAAUAUGCCUGCUACAAAGCAGAGAAGUUUGCCAAACUAGAAGAGCGAACGCGGGCGGCUCUGCUGGAGACCCUCUACGAGGAGUUGCACCUCAACAGCCAGUCCAUGAUGGGUCUGGGGGCUGAGGAGGACAAGAUGGAGAAUGGCGGGGGAGGCAGCAGCAGCUUCUUUGAAUCGUUCAAGCGAGUGAUUCGCAGCCGCAGCCAGUCGAUGGACGCCAUGGGUCUCAGCAGCAAGAAACAGAGCACCGUCACCACCAGCCACAGCGGGAGCUUUGGGCACCCCAGCCCUGACAUCGCCAAAGCCCUGGGCCUAUCAUUGCUUGUGCCCGGAAAAACGUCAAGUAGGUACGGACGUCGAGGCAGCGCGAUAGGCAUAGGAACCAUUGAAGAGUCCCUGAUUGUGCCUGGAAAAAGUCCAACGCGGAAGAAAUCGGGGCCGUUUGGUUCCCGCCGAAGCAGCGCCAUCGGCAUCGAGAACAUCCAAGAAGUGCAGGAGAAAAGGGAGAGCCCGACGGGCAGUGCGAAAACCCCAGAUGGCAGCCACCCUGGCCAGGAGCCCAGGUCCGAGGCCUCCUCCAAUCAAAGCUCGCCAGAGAUGCCCACCACCAAGAACAGAGCGGAUCCGGUGGUGCCAAAGCCAGAAGCCGGGCACGAAUCGUCCCGUUCCUCCUCCAGUGCCAGCAGCUUUGGCAGCAUGGUGGAGGAUACCGAAGGCUGCCGGGAUGACACAAGCGGGGAGAGCCCAUUCCCCUCGACGCAUUCCCACAAGCGUGAUUCCUUCAUGUACAGCACGUGGCUGGACGACAGCACCAGCACCCCCAGUGGGGGCAGCUCUCCAGGCCCCUCGCGCUCCCCACAGCCGGACCCCAGGAAGCCCAUGGACCCCCCUUGCCCAGAGAUCCAGAUCCAGCUCGAACACUCAGACCAGCAACCCCCACACCUGAGCUGUUAACCUCCCUCCUGUCUCAUGGAUGUGCCUCUUGACCAGCUCACAGCAAAGAAGCACAAGCUGAGGCAACGGUGGAGAAGUCCCAUCUUCGUCUCGGAACAAAGACGAUCUCUCCAACCAGCAAAUCCUGCUUCUCCUGAUCCUCCCUUUUAAGCCGCUGCUUCUCCGACCCUCCAGGCCACGUCUGUGUGGCGAAUUCCUUCCCUCGCGGUGCAAGACAAGCCGGGCAUUGCCUCUGGCCUCAAUUUCUUCCCUCCCCUCUUCCAUGAGCUGGGCUCCGAGAUGCCCCCUUCCCCAAUUCCCUCCCUAACCCAAACCCUGUGGAGUCAAAAUGGUGGACAAUCGCGGAGCACUACGGAGAAGGGCCUGUGUGUUUCCCACCGUCCCCGUCCAUCCGCGGAGGCCGUCUGGACUGGCUACGGUGGCGGGGGCAGAGAGCCUUCGGGCUCUUCUUGGCUUUCCUAUCGCAGAGGCCGGCAGUCACGCCAUUUGCCGGGGAAGGAGCUGCAAGUAGACGUUUUCUGGAUCUCCGGAUCUCUGGACGGUGUUUCAGCACGCGGAGGAGAUUCCAGGGAUGGAGAUGUUUAUGGAACACCAUCUGGAUUACGCCUGGAUCAGCUCCCCCACUCCCCGUCUCCAUUUCUCCAGCUGGCCUUGCCACCGAUGCUCCUUCUGCGUCUCUCUCCCCUGCCCCGGUUGGCACACUGCCCUCAUUUCUCGUCACGUUGCCCCCCUCCCUCCCCAUGACAGCCGUGCUCCCUCUUAUCCUAGGGAAUUUUGGCAGUUGGGAGGGGAGACAGAGCGUAUCCUGCCCAGACGUGCCCAAUCUCUCCCUCCCUCCAUGUUCAUCCCAAAGAAACGUUGACAAUCUCGCCACAGGUCAGCUAGGGUGUGGAGGAAGGGCUCGGCUGAUUCUGGUGACUUUCAGGCUGGUCCAAGGCAGCUGGGCCACCAGCCCUCCCCCCUUCACCCCAUGGGCUGGCCAAAGGAGCCAGGAGACCCCAUUUGACACUGGCUGGGCUCUUAAGCUUCAGGGACCUCCCCUCUGUGCUGUAGUUGAGUUACCCCCAUGCUGUGCAGGGUUUAAAAGGUGGGCAAUGCACCCUACUGGCUCCACGGGUGUCUGGAUCAGGGAAAGCCCCCCCCCCCCAAAUUCCUAGCCAUCCACGUUUAAUUUUAAACAUCCUUUGGAUGAUGUGAAAAGAUUAAUUCCACGAUGCCUGGGCCUCUAUGUUCUUAUGUCUGUUGCGUAAAUCCAUCCUUUCUUUCUUCCUUCCCUUUUUUGGGGGGGUUGUUUUGCUUUAUUUUAUUUUAUUUUUUAAAAAGAUGCACAAAAUCCAUGAACUUAACAAAGUUUAAGCAUUGCGUUUAAUUUAAACUCCAAGACUGUACUCGUGUUUCCAGUGACCUGUGUAUAAAAUAUACAUAUAUAUAUAUAAAUAUACAUAUAUCUAUUUAUCGCUAUUGUAAGAAGAAAUCUAUUUGUAAAAUGCUUUUUAAGAUAUACAGGCUGGAAAAUAAAACGAGAAUCCUCCA